GCGGUCAACGUCACGGACAGGCACACAAUGUACACAUACAACCGCGUCCACGCUGAAGACCUUUGAACCGCGACCCGCACCUCCGAGAGGAAAGAGAGGAAGUAUGUGCGACCUGGUAGAAUGAACAACGAGCCACGCAGGAACGCAACACGCCGGUGCAGCGCAGUCGAGAACGACCGUAAUCGAUGCACGAGGUAGCGGUACACAAUGCUAACGAGCAACGAAGCGAACAACACCAACGUGUCCGCAGGCAAUAUGGAGACCGCUCCAAUGCGCAAACUCCAGGUAAAAACCGCACAGGUCUCACCGAGGAACUGACAGACAAUGUUCACGAACGACCGAGCGUGCGAGAAAGCAAGCGACGCCAACCAACAGACGAAGACAGGGGUGAGAGGACGUCCCAGAUCAGCAAGAGGCAGAAGAAGACGGUGCAGGUGAUCGUGCAGUAUGUAAGCGACGCUGCGCCAUUAUGGAUAGCCAAAUAACAUUCUGUUAUUCGGAAUGUGAGUGGUGUUGCCAUCUCUCUUUGCGUGACUUCCAUCUGUUCAGGAGGAGGUCGAGCCACUUGCACAGAAGAUGAGCCU